AUGGAGCUCGCGGCCGAGAAUGCGACGUUACGCGAGGCAUUACAUGAGCUACAGGAGCGCUAUGAGCGUCUCGAUUUGUCAACGACCAAGAAGAUUCAUGAUUUGACGGACGAGAAUGAGUUAUUAGCUGAAGCGAACCGUCUAUUGCUUGAAAAACAGGCUCAGAUUUCUUUCGUAUCUUCCACAGAAAACGUUCCAAGUCCUUUUCAAGUACCGGACGAGCUUCUAUUGCCCGGUCCAGAGCUGACAAUUCGCCCACUUGUGACACUUGAUAAUGUGCACACGUUUGGGAAUUUAUUAAGUGUCAGUGCACAUGCUACGAGGCCUGAGAUUGUCAUUACGGGAGGAGCAGACAAGUGCAUUAGUGUGCACGACUGGAAGACAGAGAAGAAGCUUUGUGUGCUUGAAACGAGUGGCCCAGUCUUGUCAUUAGCUUUCAAUCCAAAAACAGAGUAUGCAGACUAUUUUGUGGCUGCAGGGAUGGAUGCCAAGCAUGCACUCUAUCGGUUGAUACAGGAAAAUGAAGAGAAGUGGCACAUUCAAAUGCUAUGGCAAUUCCAUGAUCAUAAUCGACAUGGAGCUUUUAAACUAGCUUGGAGUGCAUCGGGACACCUGUUUGCUACAGGCUCUAGUGACAAGUCGCUGAAUAUAUAUCAGUGUUCAGGCUUAGUGGGAAGAGGACAAACAGGAGCUGAAGUGUGUGAAAAGAUCAAGUCAUUCUACUUUAAUGGGACGGUCGAGGCCAUUGUGUUUGCUCCAGACACAAUGUCCGAGACGGAUGAUGACAAGCGCUCUCAUGAAGUGCUGGUGAUUGCUGUGCGAGACGACUGCUAUGUGCAUUAUGUCAAUUGUUUAACAUUCGAAAAGGAGAGAGUUAACAUGAACUCAGACGGCAUUGAGCACGUGUCUUACACGAUUAUGGACCUGAGCCUAUCGCCCAGUGGCAAAUAUCUGCUCGCGGCCACGGACGCGAACCUAAACUUCAUCUUCUCUGUCAAGCAGAAUGUGGUACUGCGUAGCCUCUAUGGACACCAGGCUGGCCCAUACAGCCAACCGCGCGCAGCUUGGCAUCCAUCGGAAAAGUAUGUGAUCUCCAACAAUGAAGAAAACGGAGCCAUCUUUGUGUGGUCCGUUGCUUCGGAGCGUGUCGUGGAGACGCUUGACGCCCACAAAGGUUUAGUGAGAGACCUCGUGUGCCCUGUCACUCUACCUUCGACCGGUUCACCAAUGAUGAUAACCGUGUCGUACGAUAAGCGAAUGAAAGUGUGGGAACUACCGCUCGCGAAAUUAUAUAAGUGA